AUGGACAGCAGCGCCGUCCCAGCGAGUGCGAGCAAUUGCACUGAUCCCUUUGCGCACUCCUCCAGUUGCUCCCCAGCACCCAGCCCCGGGUCCUGGGUCAAUUUGUCCCACUUCGAUAGCAACCUGUCCGACCCGUGUGGACCGAACCGCACCGAACUGGGCGGACGCGACGGCCUGUGCCCUCCGACCGGCAGUCCCUCCAUGGUCACAGCUGUCACUAUCAUGGCCAUCUACUCCAUCGUGUGCGUGGUGGGUCUCUUCGGAAACUUCCUGGUCAUGUACGUGAUCAUCAGAUACACCAAAAUGAAGACUGCCACCAACAUCUAUAUUUUCAACCUUGCUCUGGCAGAUGCCUUAGCAACCAGUACUCUGCCCUUCCAGAGUGUCAAUUACCUAAUGGGCACAUGGCCAUUUGGAACCAUUCUUUGCAAGAUUGUGAUCUCCAUAGAUUACUAUAAUAUGUUCACCAGCAUAUUCACCCUCUGCACUAUGAGUGUCGAUCGCUACAUUGCAGUAUGCCACCCCGUCAAGGCCCUGGAUUUCCGUACACCCCGAAAUGCCAAAAUUGUCAAUGUCUGCAACUGGAUCCUCUCUUCAGCCAUUGGUCUGCCUGUAAUGUUCAUGGCAACAACAAAGUACAGGCAUGGCUCCAUAGACUGUACACUAACAUUUUCUCACCCAACCUGGUAUUGGGAAAACCUGCUGAAGAUCUGUGUCUUCAUUUUUGCCUUCAUCAUGCCCGUCCUCAUCAUUACAGUGUGUUAUGGGCUGAUGAUCCUUCGCCUCAAGAGCGUCCGCAUGCUCUCAGGCUCCAAGGAAAAGGACAGGAACCUGCGCAGAAUCACCAGGAUGGUGCUGGUGGUUGUGGCUGUGUUUAUCGUCUGCUGGACUCCAAUUCACAUUUAUGUCAUCAUUAAAGCAUUGAUCAACAUCCCAGAAACUACUUUCCAGACAGUUUCGUGGCACUUCUGCAUUGCUCUUGGGUACACGAACAGCUGCCUCAACCCCGUCCUUUAUGCAUUUCUGGAUGAAAACUUCAAGCGAUGCUUCAGAGAGUUCUGUAUCCCAACAUCCUCCACCAUUGAGCAACAAAACUCCACUCGAGUUCGUCAGAACACUAGAGACCACCCCUCCACAGCCAAUACAGUGGAUAGGACUAAUCAUCAGCCACCCUUGGCAGUCAGCAUGUCCCAGAUCUUUGCAUGA